AUGCUGCGAGCAGCGACGAGCCUCGUUCUCCUUCUCAGUGUCCUCAGUAUCAUCAUAAACCUAGCCCGUGCACAGGGAUAUGAUUUCGGUGUCGAUGUCUCUCGCCUUACUCGGCGGCAGACCGCCAGCCCGAUCCUGGUCGGGAAGCUGCCGCUCGCCGCCAACGGCACCAUUCCGGUUCGGCAGGAGAUCCGACAGAUGAGGGCAGACAAACACAAAUGGGACCUCUUCAUUCUUUCAAUGAGCAUGUUUCAAAAUGCUGAUCAAGACGAUCCUUUGUCCUAUUACCAGGUUACUGGCAUACACGGCGUCCCUUUCGUUCCUUGGAAUGGUGUUCAGGCUUCUCCUGGCGCGAAUCAGUCAGGUUACUGCCCUCAUAGCUCGGUUCUCUUUCCCACAUGGCACCGACCCUAUCUGGCACUCUACGAGCAACAGUUGUAUACAAUGGCCAACACCAUCGCCGCAAUGUUCACAGAUGCCACCGAAAGACGACUUUACCAGCUUGCGGCCUCGGAUUUUCGUGCCCCGUACUGGGACUGGUCCCAAAGCCCGCCACCCGGGGAGACGCAUCUCCCAGACGUGUUCUGGAGCCCUAUGGUCGUUCAAACCGGUCCUAAUGGCGUUCAAAACAUCAAGAACCCGCUUUUUUCCUAUCACUUCCACCCCCUCGAUGAAGACGCACUCAUUUGGAACCCGCUCAAACAAUGGAACGAAACCAAGAGAGGCCCCGAAAUGGAGAUCAGUCUCACGUCACCGCCUUCCAACAACUCCAAAGUCAACGAGGCCCUAUUGUCAAAGUUACCCGAGAUUCAGCAGCGCCUCUACGUCUUGUUUUCGAGCUACCAUGACUACAAUACAUUCAGCAACAAGGCCUGGGCACCGUCGCAAGGUCUGUCUAUGAUGGAUUCAGUCGAGUCCAUUCACGACAUGAUUCACGUAUACGGCGGAUCCAAGGGCCACAUGACUUAUGUCCCACUGUCUUCUUUUGAUCCUUUGUUCUUUUUUCACCACAUCAUGACGGAUCGGCUCAUUGCCAUAUGGCAGAUGCUCAAUCCGUCGGCUUGGAUUACGCCAAUGGCCGCGGGAGAGGACACAUUCACUUCAGUCAAGGGGACGAUCCAAACUUCCAAGACUCCCCUCACUCCUUUCUACGUCGCUUCAGAUGGCACAUUCUGGGACUCCGACAUGUCGAGGAUCACAGAGGUAUUUGGCUACACGUAUGCGGAUACCGACCCGUCUCGCGGAUCCGAAGACGCCAUUCGCAACUCACUCAUCGACAAGAUCAACAAAUGGUACGGCUCGUCCAGCCCCCUUGGCCAGAUGGCAAUUGCUCAGCACGGAGUCGGCCAACCUUCGCCGUUCGCACAUGCGUCCAAGGCGAACGCCCAGACCAGUGCAUUCAGGCCAAAUGUCCAGCUGAGCGCGAAUAAGCCUUCAAGCUCGCGCUUGAUCAGGCAUGGCGGGUAUACAGAAUGGAUUGCCAACGUUCGUGUCAACGCAGACGCCAUUGAUGGAUCCUACGCGGUCUACUUCUUCAUGGGCCGGCCGCCGACUAGCGUCUUCGAUUGGGAAUCUGCUCAGAAUCUGGCAGGAUCCGUAGCCAUGUUUUCGAUGAAGCACACGAACAAAUCGCAGUCCAAGAUAUCGGGAGCUUUGCCGUUGACCUCGGCUCUGAUGAAUAUGGUAGCAGCGGGAUACAUUGCAGAUUUGUCACCGGCUGCAGUGACACCGCUCCUCAGGGAGAUGUUGCACUUCCGCGUCCUCGGAAGCAAUGACGGGGAGAUUGAGCCAGAGACGAUAGAGGGGCUGCAUGUUGCCAUCAGCAGCGCCGACGUCAAAAUACCUCGCGCGAAAGAGCUUCCCGCCUGGAGUCAUUCGAAGAAGAGGUUGGAGUUGUGGGUAUGA